GAUCCCUAUCAGGAAUACAGACACGAAAGUUUCGCAGCUCAUGUUUUGUGGAAUUUUAUUAGGAAAAACAAUUAUUAAAUAAAAGAAACCGGUAAAAUAUUAAAGUUUAUGUGUUCUUUGUGGCAAAUAAGUACAAAUUGUUAAUUAUCCCAAGGCGAGUGACGCUCAAAAUUUGCAUGAAUUUUUUUUUGAAUGUUUGAAGUAAAAAGAAAGGCAAGUUCAGCGGAAAUUUGUACUCUCUUUUUGUGUAUGUGUGUGGUGAAAUUUGAUAACAGUUCUUGAGGCGGCAUUCGACAUUAAGAGAAAAUAUAAGAAGAGUUAAUAAAAGCAACAACUUCAUGUGUGGUUACUGAAUGAUAAUGUCAUAGACGACAAUUUGAUAGUGCCAAAAAGUAGAAUUAAAACUUUACAGAGAGAGAGAGAGAGGGACAGAAAAGAAAUAGAAGGCAGUGUGAAAACGCAACAAGCAAAAAAGCAACGUCGUACAAUUAAAAAAGACAAGGCCCUGUUUAAAGAGCAACAACAAAAACAACCAAGUAUAUUCUUCAUAACGUACAGCGGCGGCAGCCACACAAUUCCUUUGUUGGAUAAGAGAGAUACAAAUACACAUACAUACAUACACACACACCCAUAAAUCAUACCGAAGUAAUAACAGCAGUAGCAGCAAAUGACAGCAGCAACAACCGCAACAAAAUCAACAUAUAGCGCAAAUAGUAACAAAAGUUAAAUAAUCAUCUUUAAAAGAUAAAGAAAAGUCUGAAAAUAAUAGUGAGAAAAUAAAUCAAAAACAACAAAGAAGAAUACAAAUUGUGGAUUAACUUUACAUUAAGUUUUAAUAACAAUAAAACACCGCAAACCGAAAGCAAUCUUUGUGUUAAACAACGCCUAUAAAACUACAGCAACAGCAACAACAAGAGCAGCCGCAUUACUAUAAUUACUAGAAACGCCAGCCAGCAGCAACCUCAAUUAAAAUAAUCCAUAAGCACCAGCAGCGCAGUAGAUAUUUAAGACCAGCGGAAUAAAAUCAUCAUAAUCAUCGUCUUCAUUGUUGUGCCGUUAAAGUUCUCUUUAAAAGGGAAAAAAUCGGUAUUAACCUUUAAACUUCUAUUAAUAAAUUUUUGUACUUGUGCAAAAAUAUCGCCCAACGAGAUAACAGCAAUUUGUUGUGUAUUAAAGCAUUACAAAAUAAAAAAAAAACAAACCCUACCAGUGACUUGUGUGUCUGUGUUCAACCGACCCCCUCCUCACACGUCCAUUUUACCCACCGUUUGCAGUUUCAAUCACAAUGCGCGAAUAUAAAAUUGUGGUCUUGGGUAGUGGUGGUGUGGGCAAAUCUGCUCUCACUGUGCAAUUCGUGCAGGGCAUAUUCGUCGAGAAAUACGAUCCCACAAUUGAGGACAGCUAUCGCAAACAGGUCGAGGUGGAUGGCCAACAAUGUAUGCUGGAGAUUUUAGACACUGCCGGUACAGAACAAUUUACCGCCAUGCGAGAUUUAUACAUGAAAAAUGGCCAAGGCUUUGUUUUAGUCUAUUCCAUAACAGCGCAAUCCACAUUCAAUGAUCUGCAAGAUUUGAGGGAGCAAAUUCUACGUGUCAAGGAUACAGAUGAUGUACCCAUGGUAUUGGUGGGCAACAAAUGCGAUCUGGAGGACGAGCGUGUAGUGGGCAAGGAACUGGGUAAAAACCUGGCCAGUCAAUUCAACUGCGCCUUCAUGGAAACAUCUGCCAAAGCUAAAGUGAAUGUUGUUGAUAUAUUUUAUGACCUCGUCAGACAGAUCAACAAAAAGUCGCCUGAAAAGAAGCCGAAAAAGCCCAAGAAAAAUCUCUGUGUUCUGCUUUAAGACUAUCAACCAUAAACAAUCAGAAAAACAAAAACAA